UUCUACAACUCGCUCUGUUACACCCGCAUUGUCCCACGCGGUCCGCUUCAGUUCUUCUACCAGAAUCAACCAGGUCCGGUGCCGAGUCAACAGGUCGGGCUCCGCAUACUCGCCGCUGAAUUCCGAAUCGAACUUCAGUGACCUUCCGCCCACCGAGAUGGCGCCUCUCUUCCCGGGAUGCGAUUAUGAGCGCUGGCUUGUACUGAUGGAUAAGCCUGGUGGUGAAGGGGCCACGAAACAGCAGAUGAUCGAUUGUUAUAUUCAAACCCUAGCUAAAGUCGUCGGAAGUGAGGAGGAGGCGAAGAAGAGGAUAUACAAUGUGUCUUCUGAGAUGUACUUUGGGUUCGUGUGUGAGAUUGAUGAAGAGACUUCAAACAACCUUGAAGGUCUGCCUGGUGUUCUGUGUGUUCUUCCAGAUUCUUAUGUUGAUCCUGAGAACAAGGAUUGUGGAGGCAUACAAGAACAAAGGCAUUUGAUUGGACUUUCUAGUCGACCGUUGGCUUCUCAUGAUGGAUUUCACUUGGGCUGCUUCCCUCAUAAACAUCCAAUUCAAAGAAAAUCGAAAUAUGGUCUUCCACAUGAAACAGUAUUUGGUUCAAGAACGCAUCAAUAUCCAACCCUGGGCUCCUCUAACCAUAAAGGGGAGUUCUGUGGAACAUUUAAUGGAUCUGGUUCUUGUAGAAGAGGAAAAUUUUCAAGAGAUGUAGUUGUGAGGUCCGAGCUUACAAGUGCUGGGUCUACUGGAGCUUCAUAUCCAUUGUUAGAAAUUUGGUUGAAUUCAAAGGUCAGAGGAAUUUGCUUUUACGCUGUAACUGCUUGUGCUGCCAUCAUUUUGUUCGUGCCUAUGCUUCUAGAGCAUCCAUUUGUGCUCAUGUUCGACCGCUAUCGUAGACAAGCCCAUUAUCUGGUUGCCAAAACCUGGGCAUUUCUGACAGUUGCUCCCUUUGUCAAGAUUGAGUAUGAGGGACUGGAGAAUCUGCCUCCAACAAAUACCCCGGCUGUAUAUGUGGCCAAUCACCAAAGCUUUUUAGACAUAUAUACUCUUCUAACUCUUGGAAGAAGCUUCAAAUUCAUCAGUAAGACUUCAAUUUUUCUUUAUCCAAUUAUUGGGUGGGCCAUGUUUCUCCUGGGAGUAAUUCCUCUAAAGCGCAUGGACAGCAGAAGUCAAUUGGACUGCCUUAAGCAAUGCAUGGCUCUGAUCAAGAAGGGGGCAUCAGUUUUCUUCUUCCCAGAGGGCACUCGGAGUAAAGAUGGAAAAUUAGGUCCUUUUAAGAAAGGUGCAUUUAGCGUCGCAGCAAAGACCGGGGUACCUGUUAUCCCAAUUACCCUCAUUGGGACUGGUGAAAUCAUGCCUGCCGGAAUGGAAGGAAGAUUAAAUCCAGGAUCGGUGAAAGUUAUCAUUCAUCCAUCUCUAGUGGGAAAUAAGCCAGACGCACUUUGCAAUGAGGCUAGGAAUAUUAUUGCGCAAGAUCUUAUUCAUCAAAGCUAGCUGGUCAAGACCAUAGAGUUUUAGUGCAUGUCGUUCUACAAUCCAGAAUUUUUCAGAGCAUUAGAUAAGAGGUAUUUGCUUACACCCCUGAUUUCUCUUUGGUUCCAGAGUUUUGUUUUAGUUUUUCUUUUCACUGACGCAAAAGUGCAAAGCAAUAAUAAGUUCACUUCAUGCUGAA